CAAUGUGCACGCUGCAAACUGCAAGAAAAAAAAAGCCGCUUUAAUAUGUAGUGAUUUUCUUGCAGGUUGUUGUUUUGUUAAAAGGGAAAAAAAAAGAUCUGGGUCAGGUGCGUUGUAGGACACGCGCAAGGAGGAGGCGAUGUGAAACUGGGCAUCAGAUCUCAGACGGCGGACACACACACGCGCACACACACACGCGCACAUUGUGCACGCGCUCUCAGACUCAGGAGUAAUGGAGAGGAUCACCAUGUAGACAGGAGCCGAGUGGAGACGGGCUGAAAUGGGAAACGCUGUGUGGAGCGACGCCGCUCUGCAGCCACGCUGAUCCUCAGGAAGUCAGCCCGCUUUUCCUCUCCUCUGUCACGCACACUGGACUGGAUUUUUUUUCCUCACCUUUCUACCUUAUUUUCUCCAUCUUUCUCACAUACUCGUAAUUUUUUUGGUUGCAUUAUUUUUUUUUGUCCGACUGUGUUCAGAUAAUCUUCAUCCCCAAGAGGCUCGCUCGUGCUCCACGCUGCCUGUCUCUCGGUUUUUGCAAACCGAUUCAACUCCACUUCAGAUCAGUCUUAGGAGCAAUACUCCACCAAUAUGGGGGACAUGAGAAACAGCGAUUUUUACUCCAAGAACCAAAGAAAUGAUGCAGGUGGAUUCGGUUGCUCGCUUAUGGAGCUGCGCUCGCUCAUGGAGCUCCGAGGCACCGAAGCAAUCGUCAGAAUUCAGGAGGAUUAUGGAGACAUCACGGGACUGUGUCAGAGGCUGAAAACCUCACAGACAGAGGGUUUGACAGGAGAUCCAGCUGACCUAGAAAAGAGGAGAGAAGUCUUCGGUUCAAACAUUAUACCUCCAAAGAAGCCAAAAACUUUCUUACAGUUAGUGUGGGAAGCGCUACAAGAUGUGACGCUCAUCAUCCUCGAAAUCGCAGCCUUGAUCAGCUUGGGGCUUUCAUUUUAUCAGCCACCCGGGCAGAGCAGCGAAUCAUGUGGUGCUGCAAAUGCUGGAGCAGAAGACGAAGGAGAGUCAGAGGCCGGCUGGAUCGAAGGAGCUGCCAUUUUGCUUUCGGUGGUGUGUGUGGUGCUUGUCACUGCCUUCAAUGACUGGAGUAAAGAGAAGCAGUUCCGUGGCUUGCAGAGCCGCAUCGAGCAAGAGCAGAAGUUCCAGGUGGUGCGGGGAGGUCAAGUCAUCCAACUUCCUGUGGCAGACCUUGUGGUGGGAGAUAUUGCACAAGUCAAAUAUGGUGACCUACUUCCCACGGAUGGAGUCUUGAUACAAGGCAACGAUCUAAAAAUUGACGAGAGCUCUCUUACGGGAGAAUCAGACCAUGUGCGGAAGUCUGCUGAAAAAGAUCCUAUGCUCCUCUCUGGUACUCAUGUGAUGGAGGGUUCGGGUCGGAUGAUGGUCUCGGCUGUUGGAGUGAACUCUCAGAGCGGAAUCAUCUUUACCCUGCUUGGAGCUGGUGGAGAAGAGGAAGAGAAGAAAGAGAAAAAAGGUCAGGCAAUGGAAGAUGGCCGACAGCUAGCAGACCACACCCAUCCCUCCUCCCACCCCAUCGCAACAAUAGCCACUGAUGGUGCUGCAGGUGCAAAUGCCCCUGGUAAUACCACCCUAGUCAAUGGUAAAAUGCAGGAUGGAAAUAUGGAGAACAACCAGACCAAAGUGAAGAAGCAGGACGGAGCAGCGGCGAUGGAGAUGCAGCCGCUGAAAAGUGCCGAGGGCGGAGAAGCUGAUGACAAGGAGAAAAAAAAAUCCAACGUGUCAAAAAAAGAGAAGUCUGUUCUACAGGGCAAGCUGACAAAGCUGGCUGUGCAGAUUGGCAAAGCAGGUUUGGUGAUGUCUGCCAUCACGGUCAUCAUCCUGGUGCUCUACUUUGCCAUUGACAACUUUGUGCUCCAGAAGAGGCCUUGGCUUCCUGAGUGCACUCCUAUUUACAUUCAGUAUUUUGUGAAAUUCUUCAUCAUUGGUGUCACAGUGCUUGUGGUUGCUGUUCCUGAAGGCCUUCCCCUGGCUGUUACGAUCUCUUUGGCCUACUCUGUCAAGAAAAUGAUGAAGGAUAAUAACUUGGUACGCCAUCUGGAUGCCUGCGAGACCAUGGGCAAUGCCACUGCAAUCUGCUCAGAUAAAACAGGCACAUUGACCACUAACAGGAUGACAGCGGUGCAGCUGUACGUCGCCGACGUUCAUUAUAAAACCAUCCCAGACCCGAGUUCAAUCCCAGCAAAAACUCUUGACUAUCUGGUCAACGCAAUAGCCAUCAACAGUGCUUAUACUACCAAAAUUCUGCCCCCAGAUAAGGAGGGAGGUCUGCCCAAACAGGUUGGGAACAAAACCGAGUGUGGCCUUUUAGGACUUGUGCAGGGACUAAAGCGGGAUUACCAGGCCGUUCGGAACCAGAUCCCCGAAGAGAAGCUGUAUAAAGUCUACACCUUCAACUCGGUCAGGAAGUCCAUGAGUACUGUGGUCAAACUUCCUGAUGGAAGCUUUAGGAUGUACAGCAAAGGAGCAUCUGAGAUUAUCCUGAAAAAGUGUAGUCGUAUUCUAAAUGAAGCAGGUGAGCCCCGGGUUUUUCGACCUCGAGACAGAGACGACAUGGUGAAGAAGGUGAUUGAACCCAUGGCUUGUGAUGGUCUCAGGACCAUCUGUGUGGGUUACCGUGACUUUCCUGCUGAUCCUGAGCCAAGUUGGGAUGAAGAAAACAUCAUCCUGACUGACCUGACCGGAAUCUGUGUGGUUGGAAUUGAGGAUCCUGUGCGACCAGAGGUGCCAGAAGCUAUUCGUAAGUGUCAGCGUGCUGGCAUCACUGUGCGAAUGGUUACUGGUGACAACAUCAACACUGCCAGAGCCAUCGCCAUCAAGUGUGGCAUCAUCCACCCUGGAGAGGACUUUCUGUGCAUUGAUGGCAAAGAAUUCAACAGAAGGAUUCGUAAUGAAAAAGGAGAGGUUGAACAAGAGCGCAUUGAUAAAGUUUGGCCUAAGCUGCGAGUGUUAGCCCGGUCUUCUCCAACGGAUAAACACACACUUGUUAAAGGUAUAAUCGACAGCACGCUGUUUGAGCAGAGGCAGGUCGUGGCUGUAACAGGAGAUGGUACCAAUGAUGGACCUGCUCUGAAAAAAGCAGAUGUCGGCUUUGCCAUGGGAAUUGCAGGUACAGACGUGGCCAAGGAAGCCUCUGACAUUAUCCUGACGGACGACAACUUCUCGAGUAUUGUGAAAGCAGUGAUGUGGGGACGCAAUGUCUACGACAGCAUCUCCAAGUUCCUGCAGUUCCAGCUUACCGUUAAUGUGGUGGCCGUGAUCGUGGCAUUUACUGGAGCUUGUAUUACACAGGAUUCUCCAUUGAAAGCUGUUCAGAUGUUGUGGGUGAACCUCAUCAUGGACACUUUUGCAUCCCUGGCUCUGGCCACGGAACCUCCUACUGAAUCUCUGCUCAUGAGAAAACCGUAUGGCCGCAACAAGCCGCUCAUCUCUAGUACCAUGACCAAGAACAUUCUGGGCCAUGGCAUCUACCAGCUUGUCAUCAUUUUCACUCUACUGUUUGUGGGCGAGCAGCUCUUUGACAUCGACAGUGGCAGGAACGCACCUCUGCACUCGCCUCCAUCUGAACAUUACACCAUCAUCUUCAACACCUUUGUCAUGAUGCAGCUCUUCAACGAGAUCAACGCCCGCAAGAUUCACGGAGAGAGGAACGUGUUUGAUGGCAUUUUCCGAAACCCUAUCUUCUGCUCUAUUGUUCUGGGCACUCUUGGAAUUCAGAUUGUUAUUGUGCAGUUUGGAGGGAAACCCUUCAGUUGCUCUCCUCUGGAUGUUGAACAGUGGAUGUGGUGUGUGUUCUUAGGGCUUGGAGAGCUGGUCUGGGGACAGGUGAUAUCGUCCGUCCCGAACAGUAAGUUGAGGUUCCUGAAAGCAGCUGGUCAGCUUACACAGAAGGAUGAUGCACCAGAAGAGGAAAUGAAUGAGGAUCAGGAGGAAAUUGAUCAUGCUGAGAGGGAGUUACGACGAGGACAGAUCCUCUGGUUCCGUGGUCUCAGCAGAAUCCAGACUCAGAUCCGCGUGGUAAACGCAUUCCGUAGCUCUCUCUACGAAGGCCUGGAAAAACCCGAAUCCCGAACCUCCAUCCACAACUUCAUGACCCAUCCUGAGUUUAGAAUAGAGGAUUCGACACCCCACAUCCCUCUCAUAGACGACACUGACAUAGAUGACGAGGCGGCCAGGAAGAAUUCAAGCCAGCCUUCAUCUCCCAACAAGAACAACAAUGCCAUUGACAGCGGCAUAAACCUCACCACCGACACAAGUAAAUCUGCUGCCUCAUCCAGUCCCGGGAGCCCACUUCAUAGUCUGGAGACUUCGCUCUAGCCCUGAUCACCUGGGAAAAUCGAAUAAAAUCCUCAAACAGGAUGACACACGUUACACGCACAAACGUGCGGCUGACUGAACGUGUGGUCCGAAGCGUGUUAUUUUUUCCCCUCCUUCUUCUCCGCUUAUGCUUUUAGGAGAUCGAGAUUUUAAUUGGAACGUUUUCUGGAUCGACUUGAAAAACAGAAACGGACCAACUCCCUUUUCCUGAGAACGCAACGGACCACAGUGAGAAUUAUUUAAAUCGAAUUCAGCUACUCUUAACUGCUUCUCCUGCAUGAAUGUACAUUACCCGGGUUUUUAUUUUGAAAACGAUUUGAUUUCAUUUCUUGGAUUUAAUUUGGUGGGGAGUGCCGUGGGCUGCAACUUUUAAGACUCUGAUUCACUGAUCUCUGAGUAUCGUGUGUGGCAUGUACCUAACUGUAUAGAUUUAUUUGGUUAAUGAAUAAAUUGUGUAUCGAGGUUGCAGGGCUCGACUUGCACAAGUAGAUUUUGCACCUGUUGGAAAAAGAAGAACCUAUGGAAAAUAGCAUUUCGUAAAAAUACUAUAUAUAAUAUACAUAAAUAUAUAAAUAUAUACAGAGUUUAUCUUUGUUGGCAUGUUGCCUUGUUUCUGCUUCAAUGACUCUAACUACUUUAACUUAUUUAUGUCCUAAAGAGAAUGUAAUUUGUUUACAAAAAAAAACAAAAAAACCUAGAUGCGUCCUUUUUUUUUCUUUUUUUUUUUUUAAUCAUUAGAGUUAAAACCAUAUGGCAGACAUAGUUGGAAAAGCUCAACCUGUCACAUACACUCCUCUAGGUGUUUUAUUACGAACCGUGUGCUGGACUUGCCUGCUAUUUUGUCAUAUAAUGUAGAUAUUUUUAGAAGAUUAUAAAAGAAACCAAAAUAUAGUGGGAUUAUAUAAUUAACGUGGCAUUUUAGUGUUAUACGAUUGUUGGGAUGAACUCUGAACAAUCCCCUUCUUCUUAAACUCGCCCCGACUUGGACUUUAAGACGAAAGUUUAAUUUCUAUACACGCUUUGUUUUAAUUUGUUUUACAUUCACUGCUUGGAAAUGAAACAUUUCAGUCCGUCUUGAAUACUAGCAUCCAUUUCAGGUUGGAUUUAAAGAUAUAGUUUAGAAAAACUGCUUAUUUAGCACAAAAAAAUCUCUUUUCUCCUCUGUGUGACCGUAACAGGCUGCAGAUUGUUUUUCAAUUUUUAUGUUCUAAAGGAUGUAAAUUAUUAUUUGGCUUCAAUGGAAAUCAGAGUUGUGUUGAAAUUCUUGUGAUAUACUGUGUUGAUUCUUCUUUUUUCAUUUCUAGAUUUCGUUUCUUUGAAAGACAGAACCCGGCUGCAGAGCUGUUGACAUUUUGAACGACCGAAAAACGAAAUGAAACUUAGGGGAACAAAAAAAAAAACCCACAACAAAGUGAAGAAAAAAAAAGAAAGGAAAAAAAAAACAAUAACGGAAUGUGGCUUUUGACUUUUUUUCUAAGAAGAAAAGAUUAUACAUAUAUGAUGAUCAUUUUUCUGCACUAUCCAGAUAUGAAUGAAUUUCUGUGGUGUAAAUUUAGAUGUGCUUCUGUGUGUUAAAAAUCAAAGCUUGUCUUCCUGCGGUCAGUAAAAUAUACUCUAGCAUCUCAAAAGUAGUAUUCAGUAGCUAUUUACUAUUUAUUGUGCUAUAGAGAGGACGACACGAAACGAAGGCACAUUUACAGAGGGAACUGAUGUAACUGAGAUCCUUCAGAUUCUCCUAUAAUAUUAUCUCCUAAAUUGGAACUACGGGGAAGCAUGAUCUUAUGCUUAAUAUGCAAGCUAAUCUCACUUUCCUUAGGUCCUCACUUGAUUUUGUUUUUUUUUUUUUGUUUUUUUUUUUAGUUUUAUCAGUUUCUUUCCUCGUGUUGAGAUGGUGCAUAAAGCUUUAAUCGCUAGCUCAGGCAUGCGUAACAAAAUUCAAAUGUCAACAAUCCAUAUCAGAUUCCUGUAAACUUCCCUGUUAUUCUGUAAUUUAUUUCAGAGCAACUUCUGCCAACACUGUCAUCAUUUCUCUGGUAACAAACAGUUUCAUUUCUAAUGGUGAAUGUGAAUGAAAAUGGUAAGUACUUUGUAGACAGAAAGAAAGAGCCGGACUCUGUUUUUAGAGAUACGACAAUUCCCUGCAAAACAACAACAACAAAACAAUCCCAACAACAACACAGUUUGAUAACCACAUCCCGUUCCAUCGAUUGUUUUUAGGAGUUCUAAUAAUUCUGAAUAAUAAUAUUUCUUGCAAUACAUCAGCUUCUAUGUACUGUACUUAGCAGCAUGCAUUUUGUGGAACAAAGAAGAUAACAUGCCACUGAUACUUUUGGCACUCUAGCGAUUUAUGGGUAAAUGAUAAGUGUUCAUUCAUCUUGUUUUAUGAUUUUUUUUAAAAAAAAAAUCUAUACAAUAAUUGUAAAUAAAGAAUUCAAUGUCCUUGUUCAUUUAAUACUA